AUGUCCAGGGUGUGCAUCGGCCGGAGGGAGCGGUCGGCACCGGGUCUCAAGAGCGCCAGGACUGAGAGCCGCCUCGCUCCGGCCCCAGAGAGGAUCCCCCUGCCAUCCCCAAUCCUGAAGGCACAGAGGAUGUACAGAAGCAGCAGACCCCAAGUCAGCCCACAGGGGAACUCCCACUGUGGCCCAGCGGAGAACGGAAGUGGGUCGCAAAGACUCUCGCCAGGACAAUGGCGCUCAGCGUGGAUCCCGCUUGCUUUCCCACGACCUCCCUUCCAGCGCCUGCGCACUAAUCCCCGCUUCUCGCAGGCCUACGCAGCUGGGAACCCCUAUACAGCCUUUCUCACCGAGAGACCUAGCGGGUGCGGGAGGCGCUCGGGGCCCGGGCGCGCUGCGCGCACGUCGGCUUGGGGGGCGGGUGUUCUGGAACGUUGGGCGCCGACGGCCCCGGGAACCGAGUGGGAAAUUCGAACGGGGCGGCGGGAAGCCGCUGACGUCACGCGGCCGGGCAUUGUUCUCGCGGCGCGGGUCGCCCGGCCACUUUGUUUGCCCACUUGCUCGUGCUUGUAUCCACAGGUCAGCUCGGCCGAAGGGGCAGUGAAGGAGGAGCCCAAGAGGAGAUCGGCGAGGUUGUCAGCUAAACCUGUUCCUGCAAAAGUAGAAACGAAUCCGAAAAAGGCAGCAGGAAAGGAUAAAUCUUCGGAUAAAAAAGUGCAAACAAAAGGGAAAAGAGGAGCAAAAGGAAAACACGCUGAAGUGGCUAACCAGGAAACUAAAGAUUUACCUGCAGAAAAUGGAGAAACUAAGAACGAGGAGAGUCCAGUCUCUGAUGAAGCAGGAGAGAAAGAAGACAAAUCUGAUUAAUCUACCAUGUCUUAUCAGUGGUCCCUGCAUCUCCCUUCUUGUACAAUCCAGAAGAAUAUUUUUAUCAACUAUUUUGUAAAUGCAAGUUUUUUAGUAGCUCUAGAAACAUUUUUAAGAAGAAGGAAAUCCCACUUCAUCCCAUUUUUUAAGUGUAAAUGCUUUUUUUCAAGAGGUGAAAUCAUUUGCUGGUUGUUUAUUUUUUGGUACAACCAGAAAAUAGUGGGAUGUUGAAUUGUGGGAGGCUUUUGACGGUCUUGGGUGUCAACGUAACAUUCCAUAGGUGGGGGGCGAUUUUUAUAUGCUGUAAUACAAAGCAUACUUAAUGGCAGUUUGGAGUUGCAGUAAUGCAUUUAUAUGCCUUGAAGUUUUAAAAUUACUUCUAUUACCAUGUUUUUUAGUAGAAUUGUUUCCUAAAGGAAACUGCUCCCUCGUUAUGGCUCUGCUUGUCAGCAUUGUGCAUUCUGUAACAUCUUUGCUCGUGGUAGUCCAGUUUUCCUCCUAGCUUUGUUAUGUGCUGUGAAAGGUUGAACAUUUGAGUGUGUAGUGUGUGUGGUAUUAAAUUGUGAAUUAGUGGGACUUGUUUGUAACAGCUUAUCAACAGUUGAAGAUAAUUGGUUAUUUGAUACCCUCUUCAAGGAAAAUUUGUCUUCAAAUUUAAAGCUGGAAUUUAGAAAAUUAUAACUACACAUGGCUUUUUAGAUUUUUGGUACAUUAAGAAUUGUGUACAGAUCGUUCAUAAUGUCUCUGUACUGAUCCUCAAAACAACCAAUAAAAUACGGAUUAUGAAAGAAUUUUCAAGUGAAUGGAUUAAGUUCUGGCUUAAAUCUUAGAGAAUUUCCACGUUUGGUCUUCCAGAGUUUUUUUUUUUUUUUAAUUCUUAAUCUGAAAGUGAAAUUUAAUUUUUCUGUCAGACUUGAGCACCUAUAGUGUACUUAAUAGAUGUUUGUGUGACUGUACUGGUUUAAUAAUGGAAAAUAGUCCAGUGUCCCCUGAAGCAAAGUAAAUGGAUAAAUUAUUAGCUCUUUCACAUAAGGUAAGCUUGUAAAUAUAAAAGAAGCUAGAACUACAUUUGGUAUGAUUUGUACUGGCACAGUAUUUCUGAGACUUGCCUUUGUGUAUAUUUAGUGUAUACUGUACUUGAAUGUUGCUUUCAAAAUAGUCUUCAGAGGUGUCUUAGGGCAGCUGCAGAGGCAGAUUAUCCAGUAGGCAAGGUGAGCACAAGUAAACCUGUGAUUACCUUGCUUACUGGGUCAUCGGCCUGUCAGGGAUUGUAAAUUUUUUGAAAAGAGGCUUUGAUUCUGUAGGAGGGUGUGGGUAAGGAAGGGAGACAGGUGCCAGCCAUACCUAGAAGCAGAGUCUUUGAUGUAAAAAAAUGAAAUUGUUCACUACAGAUGAUCUGGUAAGCAAGGUAAGCACCACGGUUACCUUGCCUAUUGGAUAAUCUGCCCUUGGGCAGCUGUGCUGGUUUGGCAAGUGUGGAAAGGACCUUGCCAAGGUUACCACUAAAGAGGGGGACCUUGGAACAGAAUUCAGGCCUCCACACUUGGGAUGUUUUUUUUGUCUGGACCAAUUAGAGGUGAGAAUGUCUUAAAGUCCAAGGACUCAUAGAACUCUGCAAGGACUUUGUACCUCAGAAAUGACUCUUGGGCAGAGUUCAUAGGGAGUAGUAAAACACGAUCUCUUAAAAAGCAUGCAGGCUACAGAAAAAAGCUAAUGCGAGAACAGUGACUUGAACUGACACCCAAAGAUGGUUUUGAUGACCCCUGGGGGAGGGAAAGGACGAGAAGUCAGGUUGCCCGAUUUUUAGUGUUUGUUUCACCAUGGAGGGCCUGAAACGUAAAUACUGAGAUUUGCCUUUAGUUCCCAACUGUAGCAGUUCAAUGGUAGAAUUCUCACCUUUCAUGCAGAAGACCCUGGUUCAGUUUCCAACCAGGGCCGCUUCAUGCACCGCCACCUGUCAGCAGUGGCUUGCGUGUUGCCAUG